AUGGCGAUUUCUCGCGGCACCGUCCCGUUUCUGGUGGCCAUGAUGCUGCUGACGGGUGUCUGCAAUACAUUGGUUACCAAGUAUCAAGAUAAGCAAUGUGUUCGCAAUUGCGAGGAUGAGAAUCCCGCUCGCCAUGUCUUCUUCAACCAACCCGUGCUUCAGACGGCGCAGAUGUUUGUGGGCGAGAUGGGCUGCUGGCUCGUUGUGGGCGCUGCCGCGGCGUAUCGCCGUCUUGCAUCAAAGAAAUCACCUGCAGAGCGUGGCUACCAGGCCAUCAAUUCCAACCGAACCGAUGGUGACGACGACGACACGCUUGAAGACGACCAACCAUCAGUUUUACGGGGCUACCGAAUUCUGCUGCUGGCUCUCCCUGCCAUCUGCGACAUCUGUGGCACCACCUUGAUGAACAUUGGCCUCCUUCUUGUUGCUGCGUCUAUUUACCAAAUGACCCGGGGCGCGCUGGUCCUAUUCGUGGGCCUGUUUAGCGUCAUCUUUUUGCGGAGGACGCUGCGUCUAUUCCAGUGGAUGUCAUUGGUGGGCGUGGUUCUUGGAGUAGCCGUCGUUGGACUUGCUGGUGCCAUUUGGCCGGACGUCAAGGCACAUGUCGUCUCCUCUAUCACGGAUUCCCCAGAGGGGCUAUCCGACGUUGCCAAGGCAGUCAUUGGAGUUUCACUGAUUGCCGGGGCGCAAAUUUUCACGGCCACCCAGUUUGUCUUGGAGGAGUGGAUGCUCGAAAACUCCCCCAUCGACCCCAUCAAGGUGGUUGGCUGGGAAGGCCUCUUUGGCUUCGUCUGCACAGUUGCGGUCAUGAUUGUUUUGCACUUAGCCAUUGGACGGACAGAAGCCGGUCGAUAUGGCUAUUUCGAUGCCGCUGAAGGCCUUCGCCAAAUGUGGGAUGAGAAGGCCUUGCUCAUUUCUAGUGUCAUUAUCAUGAUCAGCAUUGGUGGCUUUAACUUCUUUGGGCUGUCCGUUACUCGCACCGUCAGUGCCACCUCUCGCUCCACCAUUGACACUUGCAGAACGCUCUUCAUCUGGGUCGUUUCUCUCGGUCUUGGCUGGGAAUCUUUCAAGUGGCUGCAGAUUGCUGGCUUUGCUUUGUUGGUUUACUCUACAUUUUUGUUCAAUGGCCUCGUGCAGCCACCAUUUGAAUUUUUGCGUUCCGACGCAGAAACUGAGGAGCUUCUCCCUGAAGAACCGAUCGAGCACCAGUAA